AGGCAUUCACUGAAGGACUGGCAGGAGUCCUGUCAUGGUAUCAACCUCCUCCCUAGCCCUGCUCUGCAUAGCCAGGCUCUCUACCUAUCCCAGUCCUAACCUGUUGAAAAGGAGGAGCUUUGCUCUGACCAUUCCUUAUUUAUAACUUGUUGAGAGCCAGGAGGGAGGGGUGAGCUCCCUGUGGUGCAUCCUGCUGCUGCCUGCCCGCUGCCAGCCUUGCAAUCACAAUUACAAAUGCCUUCUGUGCAGCUUGGUGGCUGCCUUCGCACUCUCGGGUUCCUCUGGCUGUUUGCAUUUGGAGAAGCAAGGGUCAGAACCUAUUAUAUCGGGAUUGUGGAAGAGAACUGGGACUAUGCACCGAGUGGGAAAAAUCUGAUCACAGGACAAAGUCUCUUAGAGGACAAGUUUGCAAGUGUAUAUGCAACAAGAGGAGCCAACCGGAUAGGGCGUGUGUACAAAAAGGCUAUUUUUAGACAAUUCACAGAUGACACUUACACCCAGGAGAUCCCCAAAGCAGCCUGGCUGGGUUUUCUGGGGCCCGUGCUGAAGGCUGAAGAAGAGGAUGUCUUUAUCAUCCAUUUAAAGAACUUCGCUUCCCGACCAUAUUCUGUGCAUCCACAUGGGGUCUUCUAUGACAAGGACUCGGAAGGAGCACUUUACCCAGAUGGAACCGGUGGUAAAAGCAAAGAGGAUGAUUUUGUUGUUCCUGGUGGAAACUACACGUACACAUGGCCAGUAAGGAAAGAUUAUUCCCCAACUUUGUCAGACCCCAACUGCUUGACUUGGAUUUACCAUUCUCACAUUGACACACCAAGAGAUAUUGCAUCUGGUUUAAUUGGGCCACUGCUGGUUUGUAAAAAAGGAACUGCAGAUGACACCUCAAUAGAAAGGACUGGUGCUGCUAACGCUUUUGCCCUGAUGUUUAGCAUUGUAGAUGAAAACUUCAGUUGGUAUCUUGAUCAGAAUAUAAACACCUUCUGUUUAGAACCAACCACAGUGGACAAAGAGGAUGAAGGUUUCCAGACCAGCAACCGAAUGCAUGCUAUUAAUGGAUAUAUCUAUGGCAAUCUCCCUGGCUUGGAGAUGUGUGCCAAUGAUCCCAUGUCCUGGCACUUGUUUGGAAUGGGAAGCGAGAUAGAUAUCCACGCUGCGUACUUCUACGGCCACACAUUCACCAACAGAGGCCAGAGGGCAGAUGUCGUCGGGCUGUUUCCAGCAACAUUCAUCACGGCGGAGAUGACUCCUGGAAAUGCUGGGAGGUGGCUGAUAACUUGUCAGGUCAAUGAACAUUUACGAGGUGGCAUGGAGGCAUUGUAUGAUGUUCAGUUCUGCCAGAAAAACUUCUCUCGGCCUACACCACUCAGUCACAAAAGACUAUACUAUAUUGCUGCUGAAGAAGUGCUCUGGAAUUAUGGACCUGACGGUUAUGAUAAAUUCACUGGGCAGGGUUUAAAUGCCACUGGCAGUGAAUCUGCAAUAUAUUUUACCCAAGGAACUGACAGAAUAGGAGGGCAAUACUGGAAAGUUCAAUAUGUGGAAUAUACUGAUGCAACGUUCCGAAAAAGGAAGAGGCGGUCAGAGGAAUUGAAACACCUGGGAAUACUUGGUCCUGUUAUAAAAGCUGAAGUGGGAGAUACAGUGCUGGUUACCUUUGCUAACAAAGCUAAGAGGAGCUAUAGCAUUAUGGCCCACGGUGUGAGCUAUAGCAAGCUGUCAGAAGGUGCUCCAUACUUAGAUGGAUACCCAAAGCCGGGAUCCCAUGUUAAACCAGGGGAGACAUUCACAUACAGAUGGAGAGUGCCUGAAAACGGAGGCCCAACAGAGAGUGACCCACCAUGCCUGACCUAUCUGUAUUACUCAGCAACUGAUGCUGUCAAGGAUACUAACUCCGGCCUUGUGGGACCUUUGUUAGUAUGUCGGAAAAACACACUGAACCCUGAUGGGACGCAGAAAGGAAUAGACAGAGAAUUUUAUCUGCUCUUUUCAAUCUUCGAUGAGAAUGACAGCUGGUAUCUGAAUAAAAAUAUUGAAGCCUUUACUGGUGACCCUUCAAAAGUAGACAAAGACAAUGAAGAUUUCAAAGAAUCCAACAAAAUGCAUGCUGUCAAUGGAUACUUGUUUGGUAAUCUGCCAGGCUUGGCCAUGUGCAAGGAUGACAAGGUUUCUUGGCAUCUCAUUGGGCUGGGCAGUCACUACGACAUGCAUGGAGUUCAGUUCCAAGGAAACACCAUCACCUUGAGAGGGACAACAAGGGAUGGCCUGGCCUUGUUUCCUCAUUUAUCAGGAACAGCACUGAUGCAGCCAGACCGCGUGGGUACAUUCAAUGUGGUCUGCAGGACUUUUGAUCACUUUGUUGGUGGGAUGAAACAUCUGUAUGAAGUUAGCAGUUGCCGCAAUAGCACUCCAGCCAAGCAGCAGUAUGGUGGGGUGAGGCUGUACUACAUCGCUGCAGAGGAGGUGGAAUGGGACUACGCAUCAAACAAGAGCUCGGCACCCAAGAUUUACAACAUAAGCAGCAAUGAAGAAAGCUAUGGGCAUGUUUUCCUGAGCCAAACAGAAGACCUGAUUGGUUCCAAAUACAAGAAGGUUGUUUACAGGGAGUACACAAAUGGCAACUUCACCCAGCGCAAAGUGAGGACCGAGGAGGAGGAACAUUUGGAAAUCAUGGGCCCACUGCUGCAUGCAGAGGUUGGUGAGACUAUAUUGAUUGUAUUUAAGAACAAAGCUAGCCGGCCUUAUUCAAUAACGGCACAUGGUAUAGAAGAAGUGGGUUGCGAAGAACAGGUUGAGACACCAAUUACCCUACCAGAGGAAAUAAAUACCUACAGGUGGAACGUCCCAGAAAGAUCAGGCCCAGGGAAAACAGAUCCAAACUGUAUCACUUGGGUUUACUAUUCAACAGCAAAUUUUGUAAAGGACACAUACAGUGGUCUGAUCGGGCCUCUCGUAAUUUGCAGAAAAGGAAUUCUAAAUGAAAAUGGUCUAAGGAAAGACAUUGAUCGUGAAUUUACACUUCUAUUCAUGGUGUUCGAUGAAAAUAAAUCCUGGUAUUUGAAAGAAAAUAUUGAAACAUACCUUCAUAAGAAUCCUGAUGAUUUUAAUCACACAAAGAACUUUGUGGAAGGCAACUGCAAGCAUGACAGACAAGGACCACAGAGCAGACGUGUAUGACCUUUUUCCUGGGACUUUCCAGACAGUUGAACUUAUAGCAGAAAACCCUGGAACGUGGCUCCUGCACUGUCA